GUUGAAGUGUGUGAUGACCUCAUCUUUCAGUAUUUUUGCAGGAAGGUGAACAUCAUGUCUAAAGAGUGAGACACUUGUUUGAGACAGAGUGUGAACUACAAGUACUGCUCAAGACAAACGUGAACAGAAAGGCAUCAUGGCCUGCGCCGACAUUGACAUGGACAUCCUAUCUGACGAGGAGCCGCUGAGAGGUGACAAGAGGGAGACGACAAUUGCGCGACAUUACCAGGCCACAGAGAUGAUUCCAGAAAACAAAGGGCCGCUUCACGAGCUGCUGAAGAAACAACCCGCCGUGUUGGGGUCUCUGCAGAUUGUGAGCGGCAUCCUCAGCGUUGGUGUGGGAAUUCUGUUUUCUGUGACACUGGAGAUGAAAACCACCCUUCUCACUCUGUUCAGAGUCGCCCAUCUGACUGGAGGACUCUUCAUAAUUGCUGGACUCAUUUCCAACCUGCUCUUUAAAUAUCCAGCCCUCCUAACUGUGUCCCUUGCGGUUAACAGCGGCUGCAUAGUCGUGGCGGUUAUUGGUGCUAUUCUGAUAAGCGUUGACCUGGCUAAGUUCGAACAAGGCAACGAACCCUGGCGGAUGGAGCUACUGGAACUUUGUGUUUUGGGGCUCGAGACUUUUCUCUCUGCAGUCCUCUGCUUCUGGUUCUUCAAAGAGAAAGCAGCAAAAUCAAAAUGAUCAAAUGUUUGAUGUCUUUCUUUCUUUUUUCUUUCUUUCUUUUUUUUUACAUACAUUAAAUGCUUGUAUAUGAAGGGAAAUGAAACCGUGUACCAUUUUUUUUGCAUCGUGUUUGCCUGUUUGUUGCCCAUACUGUAGUAAACAGCUAUGCUGUACAACCCGUGCUGUGGUUUGCGUCUGAUAAUUGACUCGAACUGAGAACACAGGAAUUGUGGCGAGCAAGCGUCAGCUCUUCUCAUGUGCAAAAACCACUCUUCAUCCCCUCGACUUCAGCGUCUCUUUGAGUAACGGUACUAGUGCACUUUUGUCGGCCUAUUUGGAAGGGUCUCUGUGUGUGUGGUUUUUACACUCAGUUAUCAGUGGAAAUAUCUGCUGCUUGAGUUCAGCUGCAUUUCUCAAAGUUUCAGAUGGCUUCGCAUGCUGGCAGCUUUACCGGUGAAUGAAGGAGGUUAUACAGAUCUGCUUUACGUGUGUGUUAAUUUGAAUGAAUGCAAUAACGUGUUUAAAAGAUUUUAUUCGUCUGUACAAAUCUGUCGUAACAAGACUGGCAAUAAGAGAAAUAUGACAGUACAACAUUGUCGGGAAUAGUUUUGUCUAUUUUUUUUUUUUGUUGUUGUUCUGUAAAAUACAUCUACAAUAUAAACACAUAUCUAGUUCAUUAAAACAAAUGUACAGACCUGUGACGUACCAUCGCGACAGUGUAUAUUUAUGUGUGAGUUUUCAAUUUACAGUGAAAUGUAACGGUUGAGUUUGAGCCAUUAAAGUCUCAGUGUUCCGAAGUUCA